ACUAUGGCUGAUUAAAAAAAUUGGACUUUGUUUUCAGAAAUUUUCUUUUUAUCGUCUGCUGUAGAUUUGACGGCUACGUUUCUAGUGGGAGACUUCAGCCAAGGAGCGCAAAGACAUUCGAUCCUGGUUAUAUCAUAGGUUUACUCUGCUGUGUGUCACGGAUAACAGAUAGGCUAUACUAUAAUGGAGCGGUAUAUUAUUCGAAAAGCCAUUAAAGAAGAUUGUGAAGCAAUUCACCGACUGAUCCAGGAGUUAGCUGACUACGAAAAGAUGCCUGACGGCCCUCAGAUUGAUUCAAAAGCUCUAGAGCAAGAUGGAUUUGGGGUUCGUCCAUUUUUUGAAGCUUUUGUCGCUUCGGAGAAAGAUUCAAACCAAAUUGUUGGCUUCGCGUUAUAUUUCUUUACAUAUUCCACUUGGCAAGGGAAGUCUUUAUAUAUGGAAGAUAUUUACGUACAACCUCAACAUCGAAGAAAAGGCGUUGGUCUGUCUCUCUUUCGUUCUGUUUCCCAGGCAGCACUCACGGAAGACUGUGUACGGUUGAAUUUUUCUGUUCUUAAUUGGAACCUGCCAUCUAUCGAAUUCUACAAAUCGUUGGGGGCAUUGGAUUUAACUGAAAAAGAAGGUUGGCAUUGUUUUCGGAUGAACCGAUGCGAAAUGGAACAAUUAGCUCAACGAAAAGUGUGAUCAUUUUAACUAUUUUUAUUUGAGACUAGUUUGAGUGGAUUGGGUAUCAAUAAAAGAAAGA